AUAACCUCAAAACUCAGCGUUGAAUAUUGAAAUGUUGAUCGAAUUUGAUAUUCCAUUAACAUUGUAGUUUCAAAAUUAUAGCUCUUAUUAACUUAUAAUUGACUUAUCGCAUUUAAACCAGUAUCUGACAUUUUUUUUAUUAAUUUUUAUCUACGUUCAGAAUUUAUUAGAACAUUAUGAUGUGACUAACCGUACAAACUUAUUGAUCUGAUGCUUUAUAUCAGUCUAAACUAUUCUAACUAUUUAUAUUGAACAAUAUUCUUGAUAUCUGUCGUAAAAACAUGACCUGCUGUAAUCUAUCCAAAAAACUUCAUCUCAUAAAGCAAUCAACAUUUUCUUUCAGUAUCUUGAGAACUUUUUGUUCUCGAAGCUUGGGACUAUGGAAUCAUGACCUGGACGAAUCCAUAAAGAAAAAAAUUGAAGAACAUUGGAAGCACAAACUCAAACGGUUCUGCUAUGAUCCAAACGAUGAGAACAGAGAAAAAUGUUAUGUUCUAUCCAUGUUUCCUUAUCCAUCUGGAAAGCUGCAUAUUGGACAUGUGCGUGUUUAUACAAUCAGCGAUUCUAUUGCAAGGUUCCAUCGCAUGCAGGGGAAAAAUGUCUUCCACCCCAUGGGCUGGGAUGCUUUUGGCUUGCCAGCCGAAAAUGCCGCCAUAGAAAGAGGUGUAUCAGCUGAAAGCUGGACUCGGGAAAAUAUAAAAACUAUGAGAGAUCAACUGAUGGACUUGGAGUGUAGUUUUGACUGGGAUAGGGAACUGGCGACUUGUCAUCCCGGCUACUACAAGUUCACACAGGAUAUAUUUCUGAGGAUGUAUCAUUCCGGUCUUGUUCACCAGAAAGAGUCACUGGUAAACUGGGAUCCUGUAGAUAAAACUGUUUUGGCUGACGAACAAGUCGAUGAGAAUGGAAUAUCCUGGCGUUCUGGAGCAAAAGUCGAGAAAAAACCGUUGCGUCAGUGGUUCAUUCGCAGCACAAAAUUCGCAAAGUCGCUAUAUGACGGUUUAGACAGCCCAAUUCUCGAAAACUGGAGAGACAUCACAAAAAUUCAAAAACAUUGGAUUGGGGAAUGCAACGGUACAGUUAUCGAUUUUCCCAUCUCGAGCACUGAAGGUGAUGAUACAUUGUCUGUAUGGACGGAUAAAGCUGAGCAUAUUUCAAGAGCGAAAUUUAUAGUUUUAGCUCCCGGAAGUCUCCUAGACCGUAAGUAUCCGGGAGAGCUGAAUCGCAAACUCGACAUUGAGGCUGUCAAUCCAUUCAAUGGUGAAAAGUUACCAAUCUAUGUAGCUGGCAAAUUAGAUGAGGAAGACACUAAUGAACAACCAGAAUGCAAAUUAGGAAUACCAGACGCCAGCGCGUCAGACCGAGACUACGCCCGACUGUUCGGUCUGCCAGUCGAUGAAGCAUCUCCUCUGUUAGCUGACGACCUGGAAGCGAGAGACAGCAUCUGCGCCCGAGCUGCGGCUGAAGGGUUCGGAGGUCACCUGGUCAGCGCCAACCUCCGCGAUUGGCUGAUCUCCAGGCAGCGGCACUGGGGCACUCCGAUACCGAUCAUCCACUGCGGUCAGUGUGGUCAUCAGCCGGUUCCCUUCGACCAACUACCCGUUCUGCUGCCUGUCGACCGCGAACCCGCUCGCAUCAAGGAGUGGGCGGCUGCUAAAUGUCCCAAAUUAGCAGGAAUACCAGACGCCAGCGCGUCAGACCGAGACUACGCCCGACUGUUUGGUCUACCAGUCGAUGAGGCAUCUCCUCUGUUAGCUGACGACCUGGAAGCGAGAGACAGCAUCUGCGCCCGAGCUGUGGCUGAAGGGUUCGGAGGUCACCUGGUCAGCGCCAACCUCCGUGAUUGGCUGAUCUCCAGACAGCGGCACUGGGGCACUCCGAUACCGAUCAUCCACUGCGGUCAGUGCGGCCAUCAGCCGGUUCCCUUCGACCAACUACCGGUUCUGCUGCCUGUCGACCGCGAACCCGCUCGCAUCAAGGAGUGGGCGGCUGCUAAAUGUCCCAAGUGUGGAAGUGAUGCCACCCGAGAAACAGAUACUAUGGAUACAUUUGUUGACUCUUCCUGGUAUUAUCUCAGAUACACCGAUCCACGAAAUCAGGAAAUGGCGUUCGAUAAAGAAAAGGCAAACAAACUGGCUCCGGUUGAUAUCUAUGUCGGUGGCAAGGAGCAUGCUGCACUGCAUCUCUAUUACGCCAGAUUCGUGUCUCAUUUUCUGCAUUCUAUCGGUUGGUUGAAAGAGAAAGAACCCUUCAAGAGGAUGCUGGUUCAAGGAAUUGUGAUGGGGAAGACUUUCCGAGUCAAAGGUACCGGCAGAUUCAUCACGGAAGAAGAAGUGGAAAAAGUAGGUAAAAAGUUAGUAGAGAAAGGAACAGGAGCAGCCGUUGUUCAAACGUGGGAGAAGAUGAGUAAGUCGAAGCACAACGGUGUUGAUCCGAAGCAAAUGCUGAACGAUUAUGGGGUCGACUCCACAAGGUUGCUCACUCUGGCAGAUGUUUCUCCUACUUCAAAUCGCAAUUGGAACUCACAGAGUAAAACGUUAGUAGAGAAAGGAACAGGAGCAGCCGUUGUUCAAACGUGGGAGAAGAUGAGUAAGUCGAAGCACAACGGAGUGGAUCCAAAGCAAAUGCUGAACGAUUAUGGGGUCGACUCCACAAGGUUGCUCACUCUGGCAGACGUUUCUCCUACUUCAAAUCGCAAUUGGAACUCACAGACAUUCCCUGGAGUUCUGAAGUGGCAACAUCGUCUAUGGCUCACUGUGCGACAAUUCCAGGCAGCUCGGAAUAUUAGAGAUGAAUUGCAGAAAAGCGAUACUUUCGAUGAACAGGAUGCGUUUAUUUGGGACUCGAGAAAUUUCUACCUGAAAGGAGCCACCUUUUGCUAUUCAUACACCCAUCAGUUGAGUGUAGCCAUUUCCAAGAUGCAAGGACUCACCGGAAGCCUAAGGAAAAGCAGCAAAGACGUGGUGGCGCUGAGUGGUGAAUACGAACGAGCCCUGGCGGCGCAGAUAGUGAUGUUGGCCCCAAUUGCGCCCCACUUCGCCUCCGAGCUGUGGAGUGGCUUUAGUGAAGCGCCCGGUCGCAUCGACAAGAAUCCGGGCGAAAUCAAGUGGGACUGCCCGCUCGUUGAACAGUCUUGGCCACAAACUGACGAAUUAUAUAAACUAGAUCUCAAAUUCAUGGUGAACAAUGCUUAUAAAGGCAGUUUGAAAGUAGCGCGUUGUGAGCUGGACGCUCUGAGCAAAUCCAGUGUUGAGGCAAUGGCGCUCAAUGAACCGGCCGUCACCUCCAGUAUUGAUAAUAGACCAAUUAUUGAUGUCAAGUAUAAGUUGUUCCCAGGCUGCGAGGCAAUUAUCAACUUCAUCACAUUGAAGUCUGAUAAGAAAACUGAGGAUAGUGGGGAUGAUGAAUGUCUUGCUCAGAAGGCUUGAUAUUGUUCGUUCUAAUCCUAUCAUAGUAUUUGUUAUAAUAUAAUAAUAUUACUUCCAA